AUGUGGAAAUUGAAGAUUAGUGAAGGGAGUGGACCGUGGUUGGAAACUACCAACGGUCAUUAUGGAAGACAACACUGGGAGUUUGAUGAUCAGGCUGGAACAGUCGAUGAACAAGCACAAAUUGAAAAAGUACGUGAAGAAUUCAAACUGAAUAGGUUUCACAGGAAGCAAAGUUCCGACCUCUUAAUGCGGAUGCAGUUAACAAAGGAGAGCUCACAUUAUACUCCAAUUCCACCGGCAGUAAAGGUUAAAGAAACAGAGGAUGUAACGCAAGAGGCUGUGAUUACUACAUUGAGGAGAGGAAUAAGCUUCUACUCAACUAUUCAGGCCCGCGAUGGAUUCUGGCCUGAUGAAAAUGCCGGCCCUUUGUUCUUCACACCUACAUUAGUUAUGGCCUUGUAUAUAACCAAAACACUCGAUACAGUUUUAUCAUCGGAGCACCAAAAGGAGAUUAUCCGUUACACGUACAACCAUCAGAAUGAAGAUGGAGGCUGGGGACUACACAUAGAGGGGCACAGCACUAUGUUUGGUUCAGCCCUGUGCUACAUCGCACUGCGGUUGCUAGGAGAAGGACCUGAAGAUGGGGAGGACAGGGCCAUGGCCAGAGGGCGCCGAUGGAUUCUAGAUCAUGGUGGAGCUGUUGGAAUACCCUCAUGGGGAAAGUUUUGGUUAAGUGUUCUUGGAGUGUAUGACUGGGCAGGCUGCAACCCACUACCUCCGGAGUUCUGGCUGCUCCCCAAAUUCUUCCCAAUUCAUCCAGCGCAAAUGAUGUGUUAUUGUCGCUUGGUUUACAUGCCCAUGUCAUAUUUGUACGGGAAGAGAUUUGUUGGGAGUAUAACAGGACUAAUACAGUCUCUGAGAAAUGAGUUGUACGUCCAACCCUAUCACCAAGUAGAUUGGAAGAACAGUCGAAAUACCUGUGCAAUGGAGGAUUUGUACUUUCCACACCCUUUGGCACAAGAUAUGCUAUGGGGAUUUCUCUACCAUUUUGCUGAACCUAUUAUGGCGCGAUGGCCAUUUUCUGCAUUAAGAGAGAAGGCUUUAGAGAAGACAAUGGAACAUGUGCAUUACGAGGAUGAGAACAGUAGAUACAUUUGCAUUGGAGUCGUGGAAAAGGUGCUUUGCCUACUAGCUUGUUGGGUAGAAGAUCCACAUUCAGAAGCAUUCAAGCGCCAUCUUGCUCGUCUGCCUGAUUACUUUUGGGUAGCAGAGGACGGCUUGAAAUUGCAGACUUUUGGCAGCCAAGCAUGGGAAGCAGCUUUGUCAAUUCAAGCAGUCCUAUCUAGUAAUCUGGCUGAAGAGUAUGGACCAAUGCUUAUGAAAGCACAUGAUUUCAUAAAAGCAUCGCAGGUUCGAGAUAACCCUUCAGGAGAUUUCGUGAAAAUGCAUAGGCACAUUUCUAAAGGCUGUUGGACAUUUUCAAUUCAAGAUCAUGGUUGGCAAUCCUCUGACUGCACUGCUGAAGGAUUAAAGGCUGCACUUCUUUUUGCACAAAUGCCACCGGAACUUGUGGGGAACAAAAUUGAAACCGAGCGGUUAUGUGAUGCUGUGAAUAUUAUUUUGUCUUUACAGCGUAAUAACGGGGGUUUUCAAGCAUGGGAGCCACAGAGAGCAUAUAGUUGGAUGGAGAAGCUCAACCCUAUCGAAUUUUUCCAGGAUGUUAUCAUCGAGCGAGCGUAUGUCGAAUGCACUUCUUCAGCAAUUCAAGCUCUGCUACUCUUUCAAAAGCUGCAUCCUGGACAUAGGGAAGAUGAGAUAAAGAGUUGCAUCUGCAAAGCUAUAGCUUAUAUUGAAGAUGAACAAGAGCAUGAUGGUUCAUGGUAUGGUCGCUGGGGGAUUUGUUACACAUAUGCAACCUGGUUUGCAGUGGAGGGAUUGGUGGCUUGUGGAAAGAACUAUAAAAAUUCCACAACUCUGCAAAAGGCGUGCAGAUUUUUGCUAUCAAAGCAAUUGCCUGAUGGUGGAUGGGGCGAGAGUUAUCUUUCAUGCUCAAAUGAGGAGUACACAAAUCUAGAUGGAGACCGGUCAAAUUUGGUGCAAACUUCAUGGGCUUUGUUAUCUUUGAUUGCUGCUGGCCAGGUAGAGCUUGAUCCAACACCCAUACUUCGCGGAAUACGAUUGCUAAUAAAUUCGCAGAUGGAAGAUGGAGACUUUCCCCAACAGGAAACCACGGGUAUCUUUUUCAAGAAUUGCACUAUGCACUAUGCAACAUAUCGAAAUGUAUUCCCAAUCUGGGCCCUUGGUGAGUUUCGUCGACGCGUUCUAUGUCUGUAA